CAGGCGACAAUGGUGCGGGCACCAGUUCUGCGCCGUGGUCCCUUAGCUGCCGCCCGCACCCGACUGCGCCCCGAAGUUGAGCGCGAUCGCCUGACUCUCCGUUGGCUCAUUCUGUUGGCACUCAGCCCAGAGGCAAGAUCUAUGGGGUUCAGUGUGGGCUGCAUCUGACCAUCCCCAUGACACCAUCUUGGCUCCUGGUCAGCCAGGGAAACAGAUGGAGCCUAUGGUGCCAACAAAGGUGCAGGCUCCUACUGACCAGUGCCUCCACCAUCUGACUGCUCUUCCCUUCUCUUCCUGAUGCCCAGCCCAAGUGUCACUUCACCCAGUGGGCGUGACAGGCCUGAGCAUGAGAGGACAAGCCAUAUACUCCGGUUAGCACAGAAGACUAGUUCCUAACCCAGUGUGCGUGUCCAGGAUGCCUGCAGGCUGCUAGGACUCCUCACCUCCUUGUCAUGGACUGCCCAGGCUGACAAGUCAAUCUUUAUGGGCAUCUCCUGUUCCCAUCUGGAGAAGACCAUGUCCAAGCCCUCCGACUGCCUGCUGCGAAUGCUCAGGGGCACCCCCAGACAGCGGGUCUUCACCCUCUUCAUCAUCAGCUUCAAGUUCAUGUUCUUGAUCUCCAUCCUGAUCUACUGGCACACUGUGGGUGCACCUAAGGACCAAAGACUGCCCGUGGACUUCUCCUGCCCCCAGCUGGCCUUUCCUAGAGUCUCUGCCCCAGGCAACAUCUUCUUCCUAGAGACAUCAGACAGGACCAGUCCCAGCUUUCUAUUUAUGUGUUCUGUGGAAUCAGCUGCCAGGGCACACCCUGAAUCUCAGGUGGUUGUGCUCAUGAAAGGGCUGCCUAGGGACACCACAACUCAGCCCCGGAAUCUUGGCAUCUCUCUUCUGAGCUGCUUUCCUAAUGUCUGGAUACGACCUCUGGACUUGCAAGAACUGUUUGAGGACACACCACUGGCCACCUGGUACGCGGAGGCACACCACAGGUGGGAGCCCUACCAUUUGCCCGUACUGUCUGAUGCUUCCAGGAUCGCACUCCUCUGGAAGUUUGGUGGGAUCUACCUGGACACAGACUUCAUCGUUCUCAAGAACCUGCUCAACCUGACCAACACGCUGGGCAUCCAAUCCCGCUACAUCCUCAACGGUGCCUUCCUAGCCUUUGAGCGCAAGCAUGAGUUCUUGGCACUGUGUCUACAUGACUUUGUGGCCCACUACAAUGGUUGGAUUUGGGGUCACCAGGGCCCCCAACUGCUUACCCGAGUCUUCAAGAAGUGGUGUUCCAUCCAAAGCCUGGAAGAGAGCCAUGCUUGCCGUGGGGUCACUGCCCUGCCCCCCGAGGCCUUCUACCCCAUCCCCUGGCAGAACUGGAAGAAAUACUUUGAAGACAUCAGCCCCGAGGAGCUGACCCAGCUGCUCAAUGCCACCUAUGCUGUUCAUGUGUGGAACAAGAAAAGUCAGGGUACACACCUAGAGGCCACAUCCAAGGCUCUGCUGGCCCAGCUACAUGCCCGCUAUUGCCCUACGACACAUAGAGCCAUGAAGAUGUACUUGUGACAGCCCUUCAGGCUGUAGACAUAUCAUAUCAACAUUGUUACCGCCUUUCCAGGGAGGCAAGAUGAGCAGACAGGAAAAAGGGGACUCUGAGAUGCUGCUGUUGACUUUAGAGGAGACCAAGCUGGCCUGGGGAACACUUGCCAGUUCUACACCUGCCCCUCUAAGCCAAAGGGAGACCGAUGGAUACACUUUGUCCGGUGUUCUAGGCUGACCAGUGAUUACAGAAUUACUAACAUCUGGGGCCUUAAUGGGCUAGAUCACAAGAACACUAAAGAGCAUUCUAAGGUAGCUGGAAGACAGCUGGUUAGAGGUGGGGUCAGGAGUGGAGCUCUGAAAACUGAGGGAAAAGGACUUGGCUCUCUCAGCCUCAUGAGCCCAAGGGGAGGGGCAGAGCUCCCUGGGACCACCAUCUUUCCUCCCCUGGGACAGUGCUCUGAAGAUCUAUCACAGCCUGUUCCAGUGUUUGGGGAUGUGGGAAAUUUUUUUUUUCGAAACAGGGUUUCUCUGUGUAGCCCUGGCUGUCCUGGAACUCACUCUGUAGACCAGG